GGAAGAUGGCGCCGGUGAAACGGAAAACUCAAUGACGAUCAGGAAAUUUUCACAGUAAACAGUAUGGGGCUAUUAACUAUUUUAAAGAAGAUGAAGCAGAAGGAGAAAGAGAUGAGAAUUCUUAUGCUAGGACUUGAUAAUGCUGGGAAAACGACUAUUUUGAAGAAGUUCAAUGGAGAAGAUAUCAACACAAUCGAACCUACUUUAGGAUUUAAUAUCAAAACCUUAGAACACAAAGAAUUCAAGUUAAAUAUUUGGGAUGUUGGAGGACAGAAGUCUCUUCGAUCAUAUUGGAGAAAUUAUUUUGAAAGCACUGAUGGUUUGAUAUGGGUAGUGGAUAGUGCGGACAGAAGAAGGCUGAUAGACUGCAAGGAGGAACUGAAAGGUCUCCUUCUAGAAGAGAGGCUUGCAGGUGCUACAUUAUUAGUGUUUGCCAAUAAACAGGACCUACCUGGCGCCUUGUCUGCUGAAGAAAUUAGAGAUGCUCUUGAUUUGGAAUCCAUCAAGACACAUCACUGGAACAUUCAAUGGUGCAGUGCAGUUACAGGAGAGAAACUACUAGAUGGCAUUGACUGGAUUAUCUCAGACAUUGCAUCAAGAAUAUUUACAAUGGACUAAUACAAUGUCCAUGGACUUGUUUUGAAGAACUUCAAGAUUGUGACAUCAAACCUGAUGUCUCUAAGUCAGAGAUUGAGUCAGCCUUGAAACAGACAUAAGGAUUACAUUACAGACACCUCAUUUAUUGUGAAUGUGAUACCUGUGGACAUUGUGCUGAAGAAGUUUACUUCAAGACAAAUAUGUUAUGGUAGCUAAUAUUCAUGAAGAUGCAAAAUACAAGAAAGAUUACCUUUCGUUUUGUUUGGCACAGACACCGCUCAUCAAGAGUUCAUUAAAACUCUUGUAAUUAAUAAGAAGGCUCACACUGUAAAAGAAAAACAACAACAAACUCGACCACUAUUUGCAAAUGAUAAUAAAAAUAUAAGUAUCCAACUUGUUAGCAUCACUUGUUGGUUAAGUUUUUUCCUCACAUCUUGCUUACACUUAUUUUAUUUUCUUAAUCAAACUGAGCCAAAAUCGCAAAUUUAAGGGAUAAACACUAGGGUGUGAAAUUUUGAGGGCCCCCUCCCCAGCACGUGAUCCAGUUUGCUGCCUAAUCAUUUCUGGUCAAGCACAGAAGUAACUGCUACAUUGCUGUGACAUAUUCCUACUUUAAUUGGUUAACUUUAAACAUGAGAAUGUUCCAACAAAGUUGAUGUGAGAUUCUUUGAGCUUAAAUAUACCAUUGACACACUCAAACUCUAACUGAGUCAAUGUAUAAAAUGUAUAAAAAUGUUAAUGUAUAAA